AUGGUUGGUGGAGAGCCAAUGAAAGCCUUACCUCGUCAAGUUAAUCUGCAGGCAUGGAACGGAAUGUUGGCUGGGUUCAAAUCUACUCAUCAUCUCAUUGGUAACCACGAUGUGACUUUUAUCGAUGCUAUGUCAUGUCGUAUCAAAGCAAAAGUCACCGCUACACACUGCUUGGAACGUGAGCAAGGUAGGCAAGACCUGUGGAUUACAGGUGGUACAUAUGAUAUUCAAAUGGUACGAUCUAAAUCAGAUGGUCAAUGGCGAAUUAAUUCCAUCAAAUUUAUACAGGCGUGGCAUCAAGGUUCCUCUGAUCUUAUGCAAGAAGCAGCGAAAAUCUGCGCUCAACGCAAUCCAGCUAAUUCGUAA